GGGACCUGCGCCGACCCACUUUUUCGGCAGAGGAUCGUAGCGGAGGCAACAAGCGGGUAACCCCACUUAAAGGCAAACGAAGAGGAAGGGAUGGCGAAAUAGACCGGAGUGAUUUUCAGUGCCGCCAUGUUAGCAGCAGGUACUGGCAAUGGUUUUGGCACCACAGCUUGGUGGGGGUUUUCUCCAGCACUCAACUUGCAAGCAAUGUCUCUAGAAUCCUCCACGGAGCAUCUGAAACUAUCCCAGAAUGGCGUUCCUGAACUGAACAUCCUGCUAGUGGGAUCAAUAGAUGCACGACACAUCCUAAAAACGAUGAGUCAGAUGCAUCGGCAGCCUCGGAGAAAAAUCAGUUUCUACAUUCUGGAGAACAAUCUGGAGGCUGUAAGUCGGCAGCUGUUGUUUUUGAACCUGGCUCUGGAGCCUCCAGACAAAAUGGGCCUACAAGAAAAGGGUGAGACAUUCUUGGAACUAAUGGGGAACACUCACCUCCGGAGCCAGACCGCUGCCUAUCUGCAGGAAAAAGCAGCCCUCUUCAUCCGUUACAUCACAGACUCUGACUUUCAGCUGGCUAAUCUCCCUGUUUUGGACUUCUCUGCACUCAAGUUCAGGGAGCGGGACCAAUUAGAGGCAAUUUUUCAGUUCUGGCGGAAUCCAGACCCACAAGCUUUCCAGAUCAAGCAGCUUUGGGACCUGCGUCUCCGGCAAUACCUGGGCACCCGUUAUGACUCUCGCCGUGGGGUGUGUGACUGGGAUCUCACCAUGAAACUGCACGAGCAUGGGGCCAUAACAAUAAACUUCCAUGAAUUUUUCCAUUGGCGUAAUACAGGUAUGGCCUUUGAAAUGCGAGAAGCCACCUAUGAUGUCCCCAACAAAACCUUAGCAUCUGGACGUCUCAUCAAACACAAAGGGGAACCUAUACCAGCACGAGGAUAUUGGGGAGAUAUUGCCACUGGCCCAUAUAUCACAUUUGGCAUUGAAGCUGAAGAUCCCAGUCUGCUGAAAAACAUCAAUGGCCAUCCUAGUAAAAAUGCCCAAGAAAUCUCCUUACAAAAUGUCACUGCCCUAUUGUACGAACUGAGAUAUCACACCCGUUAUAACUUUUCAGCCCCAUCUGAGCAGGGGAAAGAUAAUGAUGGUCUUCAGAGUGGAGGUGACUCUCCUGCGUUGUGUGCUACAAAAGGACUUCCUGCAACAGAAGAUGUCCAUGUCCAUUUCCUGCCUCUUGAGUGCCUUCCUGAGCUCCAUCACAAAGCCAAAUAUCAACAGCUUUUCAAUAUCUUCUUCUUUUCUUGCAGUAUGGUGCAUUAUCUUAAACCAAAUUUGAGCCUGCUGUCAGCUCCAAAAGCCACUCUUAUUGCUGAGUUAACAAAAGCUAAAGAAGCUGCUUGGAUGAGAAGUGAAACAUCUUCAAAGAAAAACAAGAAAGUCCAGUUUGCCUCCUGAAAAAUCUCCUUUGGGACAACUAUGACCUGGAUCACUAAGAAUCUUCAUAGCUAAGAAAUUCCCCCCACAGGCUCCAAAGACUUUAAAAAACGCUUCUACAGCAGCUGCAUCCGGGUCACACAUUUCAAGCAACCACUAGGAGGUGCUCAAGAAAAGUUAACCCCUUGCUCCCCUCUAAUGAUCGAUAGACUGACAAUUUGGGAAGGGGGAAGUAGGAAAGAAGUUGAUUGGAUGAGGAGUACUUGGAGUGGGCAAGGACCAUCUCAGGAUAUAAUCUAUGGAGGAGUGACUGGUUAUAUCCUUUAUCACAGUUGAUGACAUUCAGAUUUAACCACAGUAAGCCACCCAUCGCUGCCCUUACAACAUUGUAUGGUGCACCUGUACAUAUAGCAGCUCAACAAAGUCCUUUUCUGGAUGAGCAUCAGUGGUAGUUAGGAGGACAGCAAAACUGAGGGCAGUAGGAGUUCUUCCCAGCUCCAGGACAAGAAAAGAAUAUGGCAAAACUGAUUGCGUGAAUAAGAGCUAAAGACAAUUUCCUCCUAACUCUCAUGGCUGCUGAUAUGGUUUUUAGCUGUUGUUUCUGCCUUUGGACUGUAAAUCUUGUUUGUGUGUGAAAUAGAUUUUGUUUCAGUCUCCUGGG